CAUGGCAAGAAGCCUGCAGGACCUCUGUUUGACAUCAGCUGUCAGCAGCAGUCUGUGGCUCAGCUUCAUCUCCCUCACUGUGAGAUCCGCUCCACAGGGGGAUGUAACUUCCUGUCAGUCGCUCACAUGCAUGAUGAAGGAAUCGAGUUUAUCAGACCUGAGAGGAUCACAGAAACUCACCUCAUCAUCAGCAUCACAGGGUUUUCUACUUUUGGCAACGUCAAAGAUGAAGAUUCUCCUCCGGACCCGAUCCGAGCCUUGGUUCUGCUAUUCUACAAGCCUCCAGUUGAACCCAGUGUCACAUCUUUCCUCAGUGUCUUGCUUCUUCCAAAGAAUAUUGUGAUUCUGGAUGUGAAGCGGACCAGGAAGAAAUUGUUUGGAUUAGAGACAUUCCUCGACGUACCCCCAAACUGUAAACUGAGGCCAAAUCAGCUUUACACUCUGUCCACCGAUCCCGGAGAAGACUCGGUCCUGGUUCAGCCCACAGAGGCUGAGUUUGAUGCAGAAUCCUACGACUGCCUCACAUUAAUCAGCGUGACUUUAAAAAGCAUCAUUGGAGAUAUUGAGCUCAGUUUGAAAGAGAAGAGUGACUCCAGUUGUGUCUGGGAGGGACAUGUUGGCCUUUUACCUCAGAGAUUAAAAACAGGUCUGACUUCUGAAGAGCAGCUGAAGGAAACUCGGACCCAAAUCAUUGAUAAAAUAUCAGAACCUGUUCUGCAUAGUUUGCUGGACAGACUUUUGGGUCAAAAGGUCCUCACUGACUCAGAGAGUGAUUUCAUUAGAAAUCAGGGGACCAAAAGUGACAAAGCUCGAGUUUUAGUCGACACAGUGAAGAAUAAAGGUGACCAAGCAAGUUCAGAGAUGAUCCGCUUUCUCUGUAAGCUCGACCCGUACUUCUGUAGAAAUGUGGGUCUCAUCUGUGAGAAACCAGAACCAAAGCAGUAAGCAGGACACUCACUGGUUCUAUUCUAAAUCACUGAAGGAAAGAAAGACAUCU